UUAACCAUCUGCUUAAUGAUGUGGAUGAGUGUGCCCUUGGACUUGAUGACUGUCAUCCAGAUGCUAUUUGCCAAAACACCCUGAAGCUCUACAAGUGCAUGUGCAAAGUGGGUUACACUGGUGAAGGGAAGAAAUGUGAAGACAUUGAUGAAUGCGAUAACGACCUCAAUGGCGGCUGCGUGCACGAGUGUUUCAACAUCCCCGGAAAUUAUCGCUGCACUUGCUACGAUGGCUUCAUGUUGGCUCACGAUGGCCACAACUGCCUGGAUACAGAUGAAUGCACGUUCAACAACGGGGGUUGCCAGCAUGUUUGUGUCAACACCGUGGGGAGCUAUGAAUGCCGCUGUAAGGAAGGGUUCUUCCUCAGUGACAACCAGCACACCUGCAUUCACCGCUCAGAAGAAGGUAUGAGCUGCAUGAACAAAGAUCAUGGCUGUGCCCACAUCUGCAGAGAAACGCCCAAAGGAGGGGUUGCCUGUGAGUGCCGACCGGGAUUCGAGCUGUCCAAGAACCAGAGGAGCUGCAUUU